UUGAGUGAAUCAUUAUAUUCAUUUAUUUCAAAAACUUUUGAUAUAUAUUUCACUUCAUAAAAAGUUUAAACAUUUUUAUUUCUAGAAAUAAGUAGUUGCAGAUUUUUUAAUUGACGAGAAUUUAGCAAUUACAUUUUGAAUCAUUUCCAAGUACUCGUGUUUGAUAAAAACUAUUGUGAACUAAGUUUCAAUUUCGCUUUAUACACGAGUGCCUUCUUUCUCUAUCCAAUAGAAUUUUUCAAUGUCAAAGUAAAUCUUUCUAAUACACAAAGCAUGAGGAAAACUAAAAAUAAUCUAAAAAAUACAAAUGAAAUACAUGCUCACAAAAUAAUCAUGGAACCUACAUAUAAUGGUGUUCAAAAAAAUUCAGUAAAGGAAAUAUUGAAGUGUUCUAUUUGUGGCGAUAGACCAACUGGAAAACAUUAUGGAGCAGUAUCUUGUGAUGGAUGUAAGGGAUUUUUCAGACGCUCAAUACGAAAAAAUCACUUCUAUACUUGCAGAUUUAAUUUGAAGUGCGUUAUCGAUAAAGAUAAAAGAAAUCAAUGCCGUUAUUGUAGAUUGAAAAAAUGUUUGAAGGUUGGAAUGAAGAAAGAAGCUGUUCAAAAUGAAAGAGAUAAGAUAAGCUGCAAGAAAAUGAGCACUGAAGAUGACUAUCUUGAUUAUAAAGGUUUGACUGCGAUUCGUUUAUUACAAGCAGAAAUGCUGAGUAGACAAGUUGGAGCAACUUUAGAGUGUGGUAGCAUUCAUGAUGAUAUCGAUUUUAGUAAAAAAAAACUUGCAAGUAUUGAUGAUGUAUGUGACAGUAUGAAACAACAGCUCCUUAUUCUUGUAGAAUGGGCUAAAUACAUACCUAUCUUUGGAACAUUGACUUUAGAUGACCAAGUUGCUUUACUCAGAGCUCAUGCAGGUGAUCAUCUUCUUCUUGGAGUUGCCAGGCGCAGCAUGCAUUUGACAGAUAUACUUUUACUUGGCAAUGACUGUAUAAUAGUGAAUAAUCGUUCAGAUAUUGAUAAUCCCGAUUUUGACGUUGGAAAAAUUGGUUCAAGAAUAAUAAAUGAAAUCGUUCAGCCAUUAAAUGAAGUACAAAUUGACGAUGCAGAGUUUGCCUGUUUGAAAUCUAUCGUCUUUUUUGAUCCAAAUGCAAAAGGACUCACUGACGUCAAUACCAUAAAGAAGAUUCGUUUCGAAAUACAACUCAACUUGGAAGAUUAUAUCAAUGAACGCCUUCAUGAAAAAAAAGGUCGUUUUGGAAAUAUAUUAUUAACAUUACCUGCUUUACAAUCAAUAACAUGUGAGAUGAUUGAACAAAUUCAAUUUGUCCGGUUAUUUGGAGAGACACACAUUGAUAGUUUAUUGCAAGAGAUGCUUCUUGAAGGAUCAAUGAUAGAUUGUCAAUAUUAAGAUUAAGAUGCCUAUCAAUUCAGAAGGGAAAAAUGGCACUUAUACCAGCAAUCAGAAUAUUCAGUACCUGUUGGAAACGCCGGACGAUGACAUUUCUGUGGAAGGUCGUUACAUUCCAGUAAGAUUACGAUCCUAUACACACUUGAAAAUUGUGUAAAGAUUACUUCACAAGUAUGAUCAAGAAAAAAAAAAUUCGAGUCAUGGAAUGACUCAAGCAUUGAGCUUCUAUGGGACGAGCUUAA